CCACCACCACCACCACCACCACCACCACCACGACGUUGCGCUGCGCUGACUGAGCACCCACCAUGACGGCGCAUCGUCACGCUUCUCAACUUCAACUGAGCGUCGCUCGUAUCCUAGCGACGCGCUUUGAGCGCGUAUCGACGCGCUCCGUGCACCUCUUGACCGAAGUGUGCCUUCGAUACGUGGAGCUGCUCGGCAGGAGAUGCGCGGAGCGUGGAGAGCAUGCGGGGAGAAGGAGGCCGAACGCUUGGGAUGUCGUUUGCGCAUUGCAAGAGGUUGCGGAUGUGGGGGAGGUGGUGCAGUGGUUGCAGCAGCAGGGCGGAGCCAGGGCGCCGAGUGGUGCGUCUAGCAUACAGGACGUGCGUGGUCAAGAGGUGCAUUACGCGGCGGUGCCGCGGGAGAUUGUUCCGGAUCUCGAGCUGAUGAGAGUGAUGGAGGAGCACGAGGAGGAGGAGGAGGAGGAGGAGGAGGAGGGCGAGGGCGAGGCAGAGUCGUCCGACUCUGUGCCACGAAAACGACGCGCAAUCACACCGGAUUGGUUGCCUGAUGAGCACGUUGUGCUGCACGAUGUCGAGCAUGCUGGUCGGCUGAUCGUGCAGCGCGACGACGAGCAGAGGGUGGAGCGACGACAAGGAACGCCGACGGAAGUGCAAAGACCGCAGACGGGCAGGAUAGCGUGGGAAGCGUCGCGAGUGGACGAUCUGCCAACGCAACACCACGACCACGCUUAUGCGCAGGAUGCGCACGAUGCUCCUGCCCCAUCGUCCAUGCGAGCAUUCGCCAACGACUAUCGCACCUUGCUGAAAGAGUCUUCCAGCGCACCUUUAGCCACGCUAACGCCAAGCUCAUCAGCCCACGCCUCUUCGCUCGCAACACGACGAUCAUUGGCGCUCUCGCUAGCCAAUCGUCGACGUUUCGAACCGUCGGAUUCGCUAUACGAAGGCGCAUCUGCUCGCCCUACGUGCUCCCCAUUCGCACCAGCUCCAUCCCAUCUCGUCACAUCUAGCGGCGCAUUUGCCCCUCUCAAGCCGGAUGGCCGGUCCACUCACCCAAUCGCCUCUUCUUCGUCCACCACCAACACGGCCAUGCGUGCAGCCGUAGGCACCGCGCUGUCUCGUCGUGUUCAGCGGACCAAGGAUCCGCUGCCUGUAUACGACGCGGCGGGCGUCGAGCGAGUCUUUCACGGCGCUCCAGCAUCGCGCGAACAUUUCAAGCCCCUCGUCGAUGUGGAGAAUGCGCUCUCUGCAGCGAUCAGGUCGCUCUUGGCAGAUUCGGCGCGCGAGGCUGCUUGCGCCGCUGCGCUCGCGAGUCAAGAUGAGGGUGCGAUGGAGGAGGAGGAGGAAGAGGAAGCGGUGCUGGAUACGCAUCGAGCUGGCGCACUGAUCGCUACCAACCCGCUCGCUGCUCAGCAAGCCAUCACCGCAUCAUCUCACGUCCUCAACUCGGCAAACGAAGAGAGACCAAAGGAGGGCGUCUUGGUGCACACGUGGGAUUGGACGGCGCGAGACUACAAGGAUGUGGAUGCGCUGCCUGGCAAGCGCAUUCGUGGGGCGUAGAUGCACACGAUAUCCCCAGCCUGUAUUGUUCCGCUCGCAUCGAUGCGAUGACAUUGCGCCCGUCUACAAGUGACGUGACAUGUUAUUGCGCGCGUCCACAAGUGCCAAGUCGUUGCGCGCACGCGCACGCACGCACCUACAAAAAGUGCUCGAGCUCGAACUCGAUGGCUGAGCAAGGGUAAUCCACACCAAAGGCUUUGAGGACGAGCGGAUGCACCACCCCGAGGGAACCGAUCCGAAUCGCCUUCGCCUUGAUCGGAGUGACGGCAGACGAAACGGCUUGUGCGGCUUUUGCAAGCGCAGAAGGAGGUGGUGCUUCUUUGCCCUGUUGAGGAAGCGGGAUGGAGGGGUUCGCUUCGGACGCUGGUGGUGCUGUCGAAGGUAGCUCCACCGCAGCAGGGUCCUGAUCGCGCGAAUCUUUGCUGGGAAUGUAAAAGAUUGCCGCUCCUCUUCCAGGCAAAAAGGUGGAAU